GGAUGAUGCAUUACAGAGUUAGAGAGAGAGAGAGAGAAGCAGAGACAGAGGUGGGAGAGGACUAACAAGCUCCAGAUAAAAGAGAUUGAAAGCAGAUUAGAUAAGCGAAAAGCUACCAUUUUUCUUCAUCUUCUUCUUCUUCUUCUUCUUCUUCUGUUGCUGCUGCUGCUGCAGAAGAUAGGCUUCUGUAGUGGAGGAAUCUCUUUAUUCUUUGUUCUUCUUCUUUCAUUUCUCUACCGGUUUUUUAGCCGGGGGAGGGGAGGGAAGGAGGUAGGAAACGAAUCUAUAAUUUCUGGAGUUUUCUUUUGUUCGCCGGCGAUUUUUUUUUUUCCGUCGGGGUUCUUUUUGUUCUUGUGGUGAGAGAUGAGAUUAGUUUUUUGGUAUAGUUGAUUCGGUGGAAGGGAGAAGGAAUUAGAUAUGGAUAGGAAUAGAGAAGCUAGAAGGACGACGACGAACAUGGCGGCAUCCAACGGCCUAUCUAGACGGAGAUACAGGAGUAGUAGUCUUCGUGACUCUCCAGAGGAUGAUGGACCGCUCGAGUUGCAGGAUACGGUGAGAUUGAGAGAUCGAGGAAGCGGGAAGAAAGAUCGAGAUCGAGACAGGGAUAGAGACAGAGAUCGAGACAGGGAUAGAGAUAGAGAUAGAGAUCGGCUUAGCAGGAGCAAGAGGAGGAGAGCUGAUAGAUUGAUUCAUGGCGGUAACAAUAGGGAGGAUGGAGGGGAAGAUAGUUCUGAGGAGAGUGUAAAUGACGAAGAGGACGAUGAAGACGACGAUGGCGGUGGUGCUGGUGGAGCUUCCGUCAGAAUGCUUCCUCCGAAUCCGGCGACAAAUUUGAACCAUCGGAAAAGUUAUCCACCGGCGAAGAGUUUCAGAGCAGCACCGCCGUGGAAACCCGCGGAUGAGAUGAUUGGUGUGUCGGUACCGAGAAAAGCCCGUUCAGCCUCCACGAAGCGGUCUCAUGAAUGCUGGCCAGCAGCGGCAGGCGGCGGAAUGGUUACAGAGGCUAUUCACCGGCAGGCUUCGACAUCGCCAGUGAGGCCACCAAGUCUUACAGCAAUGGCGACGCUUCUUCAGCCGCCAGCCUCGCCGUCUUCUUCCAAUGCUUCGGUGAGGAAGAAGCUGAAGCAAGCCGGGCCUAAACUCCGGCCUCCCAAAUCCUCCUCAAAGCCGUCUUCCAUGGCUCAAGACGAGAUCGAGAUCGAGAUUGCUGAAGUCUUGUACGGCAUGAUGAGACAGCCUCAAGCCCCUCCAAAACAAGAAGCCGAUUCCAUGAAGUUUGAUCACAAAUCCGCCAUGGAUGCCAAAUCCAGAGUUUCAUCGCCCAUUUCUAACCCCUCUUCUGCUUUGCCUCAGAAUUCCAGCUCCUCUGUCACUCCGAUAUCAGCCACUGCACCCAAGAGGAAGCGACCGCGUCCUGUGAAGUACGACGAUGAGAACAUGGUGGCUUUCAGUCUUCGGAAUAGCCCUGUUUCGUCGACAGCCAAGCCUGAAGCAGCCGAUCAACCGUCCAACACCGAUAUCCCUUCAACAAAUGUGGAUAAAGUUUCUGGAUCUGCUGGUGAAAAUGGAGUUGUUUCAAACGAAUCUGGAAAUUCCCAGGCCUUACCAGCAACUUCUGAGUCCCAUCCAGAAGCCCUGAAGGUGAAUACAGCCAGUGUCAUGUCCAAUUCCAAGCCAUUGACUGAAGAAUCAGAAGGCAAAGUUUUGAGUACAAAUAAGGAAGAACCCCAAUCGCCCCUGAAGGAAUCAAACGGCCAUAGAUUGGAAGACAAGCGAGAGGAUACGACAGCAACCAAAUCGUCCACCUUCGACGUUGAUAACCAGCGGGAUGAUAAAUACAAGAUAGAUCUGAUGGCUCCUCCACUACGAGCUUCACCAGAAAGGGAUGGAGAGAUUGAUUUUGUGGCCGUAGAUGCUAAACCAAUGGUCAUAGAUGCGGACACGGAAACGAAACCUCUGAUAAAGGAAGAAGACAAAGGAACAGCCAGACUUGGGACUAAAGAAGUUGUGAACGUGGAGUCCAAAGCAAUUGCAGCUGAGGAAGGUGAUGAUUCAAAGAAGCCCAUUGUUUGCAAAGAUGGAAAGGUUGACCUUCAACUUGAUUUAGAGAAAACAACUGGCAGAGAUUGUGCCACUGCAAAUGUUGUGGACGCCAACAAGUUCCCUCAGUAUGUUCUGAAACAUCCACCGCCGCAACCGGGCUCCGAGAAGGCUGGAUCUGGUGCUUCUCAAGCGAGCUCCCUUCCUUUGCCCAUGUCUCUACCUGGCUGGCCAAGUGGGUUGCCUCCUAUGGGAUAUGUGGCUCCUCUGCCAGGAGUUGUGUCGGUGGAUGGAAGCGCUUUGCCUACGGCAGCCAUGCAGCCGCCAAAUUUGCUUUUCCAUCAACCCCGGCUGAAGAGGUGUGCGACGCAUUUCUACAUUGCUCGGAAUAUAUUGUAUCAUCAGCAAAUUGCGAGGAUGAAUCCCUUCUGGCCGGCAGCAGCAGGUUCGGCUUCCUUGUUUGGGCCCAAGCAUGGUAAUCUCAGCAUUGUGCCCAAUGCAGAUGUGCAAGGAAAUCUACCGAAAAACGGGAAAAAUGCAAUGCUGGAUAAGGGCCAGAGUCUCGGAAUGUUUUCGGGUCAUGCUGGGAAGGAUAGGGGCUCUCAGGCUGUUAAUGUUGGUGAUGGUGCUCAGAGAAAGCAAAUUUUGCUUCAGCAAGCUCUACCACCGGGGGCGCCUAGUAAUAUCCUGCAUGGCCCUGCUUUUAUUCUGCCUUUGAGUCAGCAGCAGCAGGCAGCUGUAGCCACUUCUGUUCGGCCUGUUUCUGUGAAGUCUCCUCCUCCUAGUGGGAAUGCCAAUGGCAAUGUGGUUUCAAAUUCUUCCUCUGUUAGUACCUCAGCUGUGGCAGCCAUUGCCGCACCGGCAAUGAGUUUCAACUAUUCGGGCGUGCCUGGCAAUGAACCACAAUAUUUAGCCAUUUUGCAGAACAAUGGAUAUACAUACCCAAUUCCAGCGCACGUCGGUGCACCGCCGCCAUAUAGAGGAACCCACACUCAUUCUAUGCCGUUCUUCAAUGGGUCGUUUUAUUCUUCCCAAAUGCUUCAUCCUUCGCAGCUUCAGCAGCAGCAACCACCUCCUCAGUCUCACCCUCAUCAACAGGGCCUUCAGAAUGCUAAUGCUGCUGCUGCUGCCAAUGGUUCCUCGUCGUCUCAAAAGAACCUAUCGAAUCAGCAGCAGAGGCCACAUGGGAGCACUGUCAGUGGGAACUUUCAAGGCUUUCCUGCCUCCAGAAAUCAGCCCUCUCAUUCACAGCAGCAGAAUCAUGCCUCUCAUCAAACUAGGCCACUCGAGUCUGAGAUUGGUGGUGAAGAUAGCCCGUCGACUGCUGAUAGUCGAAUGAAUCUUGCCAAUCUGAGUGUAUAUGGUCCAAAUUUUCCAAUGCCAAUGCAUACUCCUAAUUUUGCUUUGAUGACUCCUGCUUCAAUGGCGGCUGCAGGUGGUGGGGCACCAAAUGACAAGAAACAGCAGCCACAACAACAGCCGCAGGGUUCUAAAGGUCUGGAACCAUCUCAAACUAUUGCUUUGUCCUUUGCUCCUCCCAAUGGGGCACCAUCUGCUCCCGGACUCGACCUUUCCUCCAUAUCACCAAAUCAUCCUAUAUUUCAAAGUAUUCCUGAGAUCACCAGGCAAGGGUAUCAACACAUUAUGGCUGCAGCUGCAGCUGCACAGGCUGCUCAGCAGAAAAAGAUAUAUCGUGUAGCCGAAGAAGGAAAAACCGUGCAUACAUCUGCUGCAGAGGAUGAGAGGAAGAACAUGUCUGUGAAGGCUUCUCCAACUGUUGGACAGUCCAUUGCCUUCUCUAGAACUGAUUUAGCCGAGUCCACAACUCCGGCUGGGGCUGCUGUUGUUGACAGCUCUGCAAGAACUCUUAGAACUUCAGGUUCCGUUAUGCCCUCUGCAAUGGGCACUGUAAAUAUGUGUGGUUCUCAGCAUCCACUGCAGCGAAGUCAGCAGCAGCAGCAGCAGCAGCAGCAGCAACAUCAACAUCAACAACAACAGAUGAUUCAGCUUCAAAAGCAACAGCAAUAUGCAGCUGCAGUGGCAAGGACUAAAACAUCGGCGACAAGUAAUGGCAAUGUCUAUGCUGAGCACCCUCCUACAUCCAUGGCUGCCAAGUUUCCUAAUGCAUUGUCUUCUUUUUCUCAAAAUCUUGUCCAAAGUAACAGCAACAGUCCUGCUCAAUCUCCUCAGUGGAAGAAUUCUGUAAGAACCACCACUUCUUCUCAAGUUCCAACCCCCUCUCUGUCUUCAUCAAAUACAUCAUCCAUCAAAAAUCUUCCCCAACAGCAGGGCCGUCCGCAGCAAAACCACUCUCAGAUCUCUUUUGCAGCUAACCAAAAAUCUACCACACAAUCACAAGGGCAGCAACCUGCUAGCAGUAAUCAGUCACCAUCUCCGGGAAUGAUCGGUUCGCCAACUAAUUCUUCGAUGUCAAAGGGUGCCAGCGGAAGCCCGCGGACAGCUACUUCCAGUUCCAUGGGCCAUAAAGUUGGUCAAUCUUCUUCUUUAUCAUCACAGCAGACAAAGAAUCCUACAUCUAUGCCCCCCCAGAAGGCAUCUCCUGUUGGUGGGAGAAAUGUUACGUCAAUUCUUGGCAAUAACCAAGUGGCCUCUUCAAAUUCUGGAACUAAAUUAUCCCAACAUCCACAGUCACAACAGCAACAGCAACAGCAACAUUUGGCGAAGCAAACAUUGCAGCAAGCUCAGCUGCUCUUCCCUUACAUGCAGGCUCAAUUUCCCCAUUCAACUAGCACUGCCACUGCUUCGCCUUCACAUUCAAGACGUCGUCCAGAGCAGCAAGCACAGGGCUCGGGAGGAACAUCCUCCAAUGGAAUGCUAUCUCUUGUCCACCCUGUUACAAUUGGAGGCACCACCACUACUGAUCCUGCCAAGGCUGUUGCUGCUGCAGCAGCAGCUGCAGCUAAUGCAGCUAAUAUGAAAGCUGUUGGUGGCUUACCUACACAAGCUAUUCUCCAUCCUGCACAGUUUGCUACUACACAGUCCUCUGGUAAUCCUCAUCAGCUUGUACCUGCAGGUUUUCCUUACGUGCAUACUGCUGCAGUGCAAGUGAAAUCAACAGAGCAAAAACAACCUGCGGGUGGGUAGAGAAUUACGAAUGGUGUCUCUUGCCCAGGAAAAUAACAACGGGCAUCUAUCUGAUAGCCAGCCUGAGAAGAAAUGCAAGUUCAACUAGCUAAGCAGCAGCAAUCUGAAUGCUCGUCGGACUUCGAACCCCACAAUUUUGGGAAAGCUGUGAGAGGAAGUGGGAAAAUAGUCCUCCAUCUGAGAAUGCUUCAGGUCUAGGCUGUUCAGUUAUCUGUCCAGAUUGAUGUUAAUGGUCUGAUGAACACAUGGUUGGUCUGAAUGGGGAGAGGAAAGGAAAUGCAAAGAAAAGAAACUUGAUGAAACAAAGGAGCAACACAACACAGCACUUUGUAAAGUGCUUUACACAAUGAUGGAAUGGUGAAGAGGAAAAGCGGGUGGUGGGCUGUAAUGGAGGUUUUUCUUCUUAGAUAUCUGAUUUCAUUACCUUUUUGAGGUUCAUUUCUCUCUUUUAAGAGCUUUUAGAACAGCAUCAUCUUUAACAUAUAAUAUGUGCAGUGAAGGAGGAGGAGGAGGAGGAGGGUGUAGUUGUAUAUGUUUGGCACAUAUAAUGGGUAGCCCUCACAUUUUUUGAUAAAAACUUCCUUUAAUUCCCUUC